CACACACUCACUCACAUAUUGUGAUACACACAGACACACUGACGCAAGCGCAAGUAUUUCUGGGUGUGUUUCAUACAUAUAUACAUCCAUAUUUAUAUAAAUAUAUAGCAAAUCUCUUGUUGAUCGAAGGUUGUGUUAUGCAGCAAUGUCUCUGAACACAGCACAUUGUAAUUAUGGUGUGUUGAUCUACACAGGAGAAAGGAUCUUAAUCUACUGUGAUGGUGUGCAGGGAACACUUGAAGGGGGUAACCUACCAAAAGGCAGUAAAAAGGGUAGAAUCUACCUUACCACUCACAGGGUUAUUUUCCUCAACAAUUCCCAGAAAGAUGAUCUUCUUUCAUUCAGUAUGCCGUUUUUCACCAUGAGGCAGGUUGAGCUUGAACAACCUGUAUUUUCAGCCAAUUACAUAAAAGGGACCGUUUUUGCUGAACAAGGAGGUAAAUGGUCUGGACAUGCCACAUUCAAACUUUGCUUCAACAAAGGUGGUGCUAUCGAAUUUGGACAAGCUAUGCUACAGGCUGGAAAACUUGCAUCCCGGUAUCAAAUGCCACAGCCUCCACCUUACACUCCUCCCCAGGGACCAUUUUAUCAGCCUGCUCCGCCUGCCUACACAGCUUAUAACUAUGGCUGGGUGCCAUAUCAAACAUUCCCAAAUGCACCACCAGCGUCUGAGGUGUUUAUGGCAGAAGCACCCCCUCCCUACCCAGGGGUUGAUUCGAAUUUGAACCCGUAUCCGACUGGUUCACCUCAAGAUGCCAAAGCUCGAGAAGCAGCAGCGUCAAGUGCCUAUUACAACCCUGCGAACCCUCACAAUGUGUACAUGCCAAGUCCUAGCGAACCACCACCACCUUACUCUGAGAUUGGCAAGAAGACCAACUGAUGUGUCACAGAAGAAGUGGACCCAGGAUGGGGGUUGAGAGAAGGAAAAGAAAACAUGAAACAAAAAGACAAACCUUGAUGUUUUAAGCACAAUUAUAAUGUUGAACCUGAAAUAUAUAAAUAGAUAUAUUUAUAUUUACAACUGUUAUUCACAGUAUUAAUUUCAGUUAUUGUUCUUAUUAUUAUUAAUAUUAUUGUUAAGGUGGCGAGCUGGCAGAAUCGUUAGCACACCAGACAAAAUGCUUAGCGGUAUUUUGCUCGUCGCUAUUUCUGAGUUCAAAUUCCGCCGAGGUUGACUUUUCCUUUCAUCCUUUCGGGGUUGAUAAAUUAAGUACCAGUUAAAUACUGGGGUCAAUGUAAUUGACUAGUCCCCUUCCACUAAAAUUCCAAGGCCUUGUGCCUUCAAGUAGAAAGGUUUAUUAUUAUUAUAACUAUUAUUAUUGUAAGGCAGAAUUAACACCCUGGAUGAAAUGCUUAGUGGUAUUUUGUCUGUGACUAUGUUCUGAGUUCAAAUUCUGCCGAGGUUGACUUUGCCUUUCAUCCUUUCAGGGCUCGAUAAAAUGAGUACCAGUUGAACACUGGGGUCGAUGUAAUCGACUCAUCCCCACCUCCCCCAAGCUGCCCUUGUGACAAAUAUUCAAAACAAUAAUAGUAAUAAUAAUAAUAAUUAUAAUUGUCAUUAUCAACUGUAUCAAUGAUUACUAUUUUUCCUUUCUUUUAAAAAUAAUUCUAAGAAAAAUGUUGCUGUCAUUAUUGUUGUUAUUGAUCCCUCUGGGAUGGAAGGAAUAAAGCACCAAUCAAAUACUUGGGUUGAUUUCAUUGACUAUAAUAACUUCUCUCAACAUCUUGUGGUCUUAUAACCUGUUUUGUGAACACAAACAAUUUGAAUAUCAUAGUUACUAAGUGAACUAAAUAGAUUACAAUGCUGGUACCCUGGCAACCCCCAUCCUGAAAUAGAAAAAAAUGAAAGAUAACUGGUGGUGCCAGACAAUUUGGUAAUGCUACACGUAUUGGUAUUACCAAAUAAAAUAUGUUACAUAUAGUUGCGUCACUCUUUGUGGUGAGCUGAAAUUUACUUCAUAAUCCUUCACUUUAGGAUUGAUAAAAUAAAUACCAUUCAUAUACUGGGGUUGAUACAAUCAACCACACUGUUUCUCUACAGAAUUAUAUACAGCCUUGUACCAAAGUUAUAAAUAAUGAUAAUUAUUAUUAAUUAAAAUCAGCUUUUUUUUUCUGUUAA